GGUGUAUUAUUUACAGGGAAUGAGACAGGGUAAUGUAGUACACAAUUAAUGGUAGAACACACCCUGUGGCGAUAUAAACUAGACACUUGACUAAUAUUACAACAGUUUUCAUACAGUUUAGAGCUACUUUGCUAUAGUAUGGUACCGAUGGACGUAUUUACCAUUUAACAUUCAUUGCUAAUAGGAGAUUAUUUCAUUGUACUAGUGAUGUCUAAUUAUAUACACAAGUGCUACGUGAGAAAUGCAUUAUGAUGUACCACUUCCACUGCGAUUAUAUAGGUACUCCCACAGUUCGACUCUUUGCGUCACGAUUAACAUUACUGGUUAUCAAUUAAUCGCGUGUAGCUUUAAAACCAAAGGUCCCAUAAAUGAAUAUGUUGCACUACUAAUUCAUUGGCUCUUUUAGAGCGUGGAA